CCACCCCAGACCCCCCCCCCCUCCCUCCCUCUCCACCACCAUGACGACGAGGCCCGACGGCGGCGGCGUGGGCGCCGGCGGCGACGGCGCGGAGGGCAAGCAGCUGGUGCCGGUGGCGGCGGCGGCGAACGGGACGAAUGGCGGCGCGCUGGCGGUGCGCAAGGCGCCGUCCAAGGACCGGCACAGCAAGGUGGACGGCCGGGGGCGGCGCAUCCGGAUGCCCAUCAUCUGCGCGGCGCGGGUGUUCCAGCUCACCCGUGAGCUCGGCCACAAGUCCGACGGCCAGACCAUCGAGUGGCUGCUCCGCCAGGCCGAGCCCUCCAUCAUCGCCGCCACCGGCUCCGGCACCACCCCGGCCUCCUUCUCCACCUCCUCCCCCUCCUCCCUCCGCCCCCCCGGCGCCCCCCACCCGCAGCACCCCCACGCGCACGCCCAGCCGCUCGCCGUCUCCCCGCACCACCACCUUCCGCACGCCGCGCCCUUCAUCCUCGGCAAGCGCGUCCGCGACGACGACGGCAACGGCAACGGCGCGGCGUCCGGCGAGGCGGCGGCGGUCACCGCGGCCAUGGCCCCGGCCCCGGGCUUCUGGGCGCUGCCGGCGCGGGGCGACUUCGGGCAGCUGUGGAGCUUCGCGCCGCCGCCGGAGAUGAUGGUGGCGGCGCCGGCGAUGGCGGGGGAGGCCUCCGCCGCCCGGGUCGGCAACUACCUGCCCAUGGCGCAGGCCAACCUGAACCUGCUCGCCUCCUUCUCCGGCGGCCCCGGCGGCGCCGGCCAGGCCACCGGGCGGGCCGAGGAGGAGACCGCCCACUGAGCGGCGCCGGCGGCGGGUGUGCAGGGUUUUAGGCAGGGCUAGGGUUUGUUUCUUCCCCGUCGGCGCAGAUUGCUUGCUUUUGGGGUCAGUCAAUUUCUAUGGUUCCUCCGGCAAGAGGAAAAGAUUACUGAAAGUGUUCAUCAGACAAGGCGGUGCUGGUACCGUCAGUCAAUUCAGUGCGAAUUAAGCUUGCUCCUCUGCUCUCUCUAUUCUCUUCUUCCCAGUUCAGUUAGGUCAGGUCAGGUCAAUUGGGUGUCUAAAUUUCUGCGGGUAGCAACAGCAAUUCUUGCUCCUUUUUUCAUGUAAAAAUCAAUCAUCAUGGGUCGAGGUCGUGUGGGUUCCUAUUACUUUCUAGUCAGUUGGUCAGUGAGUGCAGUGGUGCUGCUGUCAAAUGUGGUUCCCUUUUCUCUCUUGGUUUGCUUUGUGCUGCUGAUUCCAAGAAAGUAAGAAGAACAAGAAAGGCUUGCACAAUUCUGCAGCAAGAUGGAGGAUAUCAAGCAUGGCUUCAGUAAGUUGCUCCUCUGCUCUGUUUCUUAGGUCUUUUUUUCUUGAUUCUUGAGAUUUUUCGUUUCUUUUGUUCUCUGGAUUGAAUUAGUGCUUGGUGAGAAUAAUAAUAAUAAGUAACUGUUGGUUUA